AUGGGAAUCCUCGACAAGAAAAAGUUCAACCACUUCAAAGCUACCAGUCACCCAAACACAUUCAAACCACCCCCCAUGAGAGCUCUCAACAAGGAAAAGGUCAACCACGGCAAAACUACCCGCGACGCAAACUCAAGCGAACCAGGUUCUUCCCUUCAAGUUGAAGAACUUAAUAAUAAAUUAAAGCGCCUAACCAUGGGGUUGCUCGAUAAGGAAAAGGUGAACCACGGCACAGCCGGCCCCCCUAAGGUAACCAAGCCCCAAAAGAAGCAGGUAUACCACGGCACAGCCACCAACCUCAAGGUAGUCAAGCCCCGCCCUGCGCCCGACGACAAGGCCAAGGCCUUCCUCACAGUCAACAAACUCCUGUUAGAGGAGCGAAUACCCAAGACCGCGCUCGCAUACACCGUCCACGACUGGGACAGCGGCUGCGUCGCCAUCGCGCGCAAGGAGACGCCCGGCAGCCGUCCGGACCUGACCGUCGGCCACAACGGCAACUGCCAGUGCCUAGACGUGCGGAUGACGCACCUAUGCGACCACGCCGACCGCAUGGUCAAGCAGAAGCGCAUCAUGAAGGCGCGCCGCGACGACCUGGUGCUAGCCCUCAAGCUGCGGAACCCGGACGUGCCGAAGGACUUAAGGCUCGUGGUUAAGAAGCAGAGGCCGCUCAGACCGCUGACGGAAGAGGAGAAGGAGGAGGGGACGAAGAUCGCGAAGAAGAACGCGAAAUUGUGGGUUGAGGAGGACGAGGAGAUGAAGUUGUGGGUUGACGAGGAGGAGGAGAAGCACCGGCGCCGCGUGGCGGAGUAUAGUAGGGGGCAGGUCCUCAUGGAGAAGUGGAAAACGGACGAGGCGUGGCAGCAGAGAAAUGUGUGGAAGGACUGGUGA